AUGAGUAAUGACGUGCAUGGCACCAUAAACGUUGUACAGAAGCCCGAGAGUGUUUAUUUAACAUGGAUAUUCAAGAAAUUCUGGCAAACAAAAUACGCAUCGAGUCCCGCAAGAUUGCUCGAAUGCAUGACAUCGCCAGAUAUCAAAUCAAAAAUCAAUGGUAAUGAACAUACCUGGUACUUUCAGAUUCAUGUAAGUGAUGUAUCUACUAUCAAUGACAUGACACUUGUCGAUUUCACUCCUGUCAAGGCCAGAGGAAUAUUGCGUUUGAGGUUAAAAACCGAUUUAGACGCGGACGUCGACGUGAAAGUCGAAUGCUCACUUAUCGGCGAGAAGGGUCGAGUGCUCAACUCCAAGAUAACCGAAUGUACCUUUACGAAAUCGGUUAGAACCGUAGACAUAUCCGAUAUUCCUUAUUGCUACAACCAGUUCGAGAUGCCUCCUGUAUUCAGGGAGUCCGGGGAUGCCGAAGAAAACGUAGGCGUGGUCUGCGAAAUUACUUACAGGCGCAAAGCAGCCGAGGCAAAAAAAAGCGAUACCACGAGCCUUGAUGUCUCCAGCCUGUCGAACGAUCUCAAACUUCUCUUCGAGACCGAAAAAUUCAGCGACCUGACGAUCGUCGUGGAGCAGCAAGAGUUUCACGUCCACAAAGCGAUCCUCGCGUCCAGGAGUCCAGUUUUUCUCGCCAUGCUCGAAAACGACAUGGCCGAGAAGCAGAACAACAGAGUUGACAUCGCCGACGUAGACUACGAAACGAUGCAUCACGUGCUACUCUACGCUUACACGGGAAAAGUCGAGAAACUCGAAUUAGCCGGUAAACUUUUAGGCCCAGCCGAUAAGUACGCCCUUGAUACUCUUAAAAAUACCUGCGCAGAAGCUUUGGCCAAUGAUCUGACGGUCGAGAACGUCGUUAAGACCCUGGUGUUGGCUAAUUUGUAUAGGGUCGGUGAACUGAAGAAGAAAGCGCUCGAAUUCAUGGGCAGGCAUUUUCACGAAGUCACCCAAACCGCAGGAUUCGAAUCUUUGUUGAAGCCCAAUUCCGAUUUGUUUAAAACUUUUUGA